GGUGUCACGGGUCAACUCAUCCGAGGAGAAGCAAAGAUCCGAGAAAAUCGACGAACACCGACAGAAAAAACUAUUGAAAUCAUGUCCCACACCAUCCUGCUGGUGCAGCCCACCAAGAGGCCAGAGGGCAGGACGUACGCGGAUUAUGAAUCUGUCAACGAGUGUAUGGAAGGCGUGUGUAAGAUGUACGAGGAGCAUCUAAAGAGAAUGAACCCCAACAGUCCGUCAAUAACGUACGACAUCAGUCAGCUGUUCGAUUUCAUCGACGACCUGGCUGACCUCAGCUGUUUGGUGUAUCGCGCCGACACACAGACGUACCAGCCGUACAACAAGGACUGGAUCAAAGAGAAGAUCUACGUGCUGCUCCGCCGUCAGGCCCAGCAGGCCCAGAAGUGAAGCCUCUGAGGGCCGAGGCUCAGUGUUAUUUUUACUUUCUGUAACUUGUGUUCAAUCAUUUUGACAACACUUUUUAAUUUUUUUUUGUCAUGAAGGGGAGGUGUAUUUUGUAUUUUAAUGUU